AUGUCCCCCACACUCUCUCAAGCACUUGGAUCGACCUGGCAGUACGCCUCUGACAUAUUUGCCAACCGUCCUGUUCUUACUGUUCUCAUCGGAGGAUCAGCAUGGCUAUUCUCCAGGGUACUCUACCAAAUGUUCCUCUACCCCCGCUUCUUCUCUCCCCUCCGUUCAGUUCCAGGUCCUCCUCUAGGGCACCCAAUUUACGGUCAAUUCGUCACGAUCCUUAGAGGCGAAGUAGGAAUUCCCCAGCGUGGAUGGGUCAAAGAGCAUGGGUCCGUCGUCCGCGUCGUAGGCCCCAUCGGCAUUGAGCGGCUCAUCUUCAUGAGACCCGAAGCCCUCCAUAAAAUCCUCGUCAGCGACUGGGUGGAUUAUCCACGCCCCAAUUUUAUGCGAAGCGUUCUUGCCUUAGUCACUGGCCACGGCCUCCUUACUGUCACAGGGAACGACCACAAGCAAAUGCGGCGCGCUAUGAACCCCGCAUUCUCCAUUCCUAAUCUAAUGGCUCAAAGGGAAAUAUAUUGGGGUCCAAUAGAAGGACUAAUCGAUAUAUUGAACAACGAACUUUCGAAUGGUGGAGAUCAAUCGGUAGGAAAGCAAGUCCUCAUGUACGAAUGGUUAAGCAAAGUCACCCUCGACAUCAUCUGCGAAACCGCAUUCGGAUACCAAACAGAUUCUCUCCAUAACCCGCACAACGAGCUCGCCGAAGCAUACGAAAUAUUGACUAGUUUGCAGACAGGCCCGAAUAUCUCCAGGCUCAUCGCUGUCAUCUCCCUCCCAGGCGCCGCGCGUUUCCUAAACUCAGAAUGGGCAUACAAAAAUCGACAUCUAUUCGAGUAUAUUCCGCUCCUUCCAACACUCAUUCCCUUCGUCGAUUCCAUGCACCGCAUCCGCGCCGUCUCCGCUCAAAUGCUCGCCGAGAAAAUGUCCGACUCCGCUGUGUCCCUCUCCGACUCCGAAACGAAGCGCGAUAUCAUGAGCCUCCUAGUGCGUGCGCGACAGGCAGACAGCAAAGCUGGCGGGUACGCCAUGAGCGACCAGGCAAUGAUGGACCAAGUCUUGACAUUUUUAGGCGCCGGGCACGAAACUACUGCGUCCGGUUUAGCUUGGACACUCUGGCUUCUCGCCAAGGAUCCCGAGACGCAACGGAAACUGCGCGAAGAAGUAUCACCUAUCUUUGCCGAAAACCCACGACCAGACUACCGUUUCUUGAAGGAUCUUACAUGGCUUGAUUGCGUACUCCAAGAAAGUCUCCGCCUGAUGCCCCCUGCGCCUAUGACAUUCCGCCAAGCCGCAAAGUCUGACUACAUAGACGACAUCUACGUCCCCAAAGGCACACUAUUCUACAUUCCCAUCCGCGUGAUCAACACCUGGACAGAGAUAUGGGGCCCAGAUGCGGAAGAGUGGAAUCCGCGCCGCUGGCUGAACCUCCCGCCGAAAUACAACGCGACGUUCUCCUCGCUGUCGUUCCUUGCUGGUCCACACGCAUGCAUCGGCAAGACGAUGGCAAUCAUGGAGAUGAAGACCGUCCUCGCGGCGCUGAUCAAUAGCUUUGAGUUUUCACCUGCGUAUGAGGGCCAGGUGCCACAGCCUACGGCGGCAGUUACUAUGAAGCCCAAAGAUAACAUGCCUCUCCGUAUUCGCAAAGUUGUUGCUUGA